AUGGAAGUGGCAGAUAGCACAUGGGAGCUUGCUCACGGAUGCCUGACUUUCGCCGAGUGUGUCGUGAAAAACACGUCGCUAAAAGCGGAUAACUUGGAACAUGCGGUGCUCAAAGUGCAGCAGCUGUUGACCGCCUUACGUCCGCCGGCACCGGUGUCAACGGCGGCGAGUGCGGCGGACGUCACCGUUGAAGGUGGCGCACCAGUCGUGAGCGCGAGCGUUCCGAUGCAGGCUGCUGGUUCUUCGCAUGAAAUGGAGGGCGACUCGUGUGACGUCGUGAAUGCGGCGGGUGUCACCGUUCAAGAUGGCGCACCAGUCGUUGCUGGUUCUUCCAAUAAAAUGGAGUACGACUCGUAUGAGAGCAGCACGGAUGCAGAGCCGGACUCCGACUAUGUUGGUACCGAUGAACAAGAAGACGAUCAGCUUGAACCGCGCCGGAGCAAACGCGAGGGCAAGGGUAAAAUUUCCCGCACGUAAGACGUUGUUUCGUGGAGACGGGUGACACGUUGACAAUUGGCUAUAAAUAACAUGAUUGCGAGACGUGGAAAACCUGCUGAAUUUACUUAAUAUUUAGACAUAGCAGACGAUUACGAUUUUGUUUUUGCAGGUUCGACAUGAGCAACGUCAACGCUGCUGGCAAGAAGACCGCUGGCAAGAAGACUGCUGGCAAGCGGACUGCUGACAAGAAGACCGCUGGCAAGAAGCGUGUUGACAACCGCCCACGUGCUCUGUGCAUCCACACAAACUGCACGGCCCGCCGCUACUACGGCUACCAGGGAAAAAAACCGCAAUUUUGCGCCGUUCACAAGACUGCUUCCAUGGUCUACACUGGAAAACCUGUGUGCAUGGUGGACACAUGCUACAGACCGGCGGAUUUUGGCA